AUGUCGUUCGACUUGGAUGUGAACGACGGUAGCGAUUUGGUUGCAGCUCGAGCGGCGGGUGGGGAUGCUGAAAAAGAAGUGUACAUUCACAGAGUACUAGAAGUGUACAUUCACAGAGCCAUGAACUCGCUGCUAUUCCUGUACCUGAACUUGAUCCGCGGCCCCCAGAUUGUGGCCGCCCGUCGCGAGAAGGAAGAGAAGGAGAAGCGCGCGCAGCUGGAGGCCGACAUCGCGAGUGGGAAGGUGACGAAGAUGGCGAGCUGCAAGAAGUGCGACGCGCCCGUGAACCGCCUGUCGGUGCCUGUCGUUGCCACACCCACGUGCGCUGCGUGUCUGGCAAAGGAGGCCGAGGAGCUUCGCGUGGCCAAGAUGCAGAUGCGGAGGGAGAUCAAGAUGUCGCCCUUCUUGUGGUUCCAGGUGUUCAUCAUGCUGCUGGGUCUCACUGUCUUCUUCCACCGCAACGUCAUGCCGCUGGUUUAA